GUGUGAGUGGUCCAGCGCCUCUUGUUCUUGGGGGGACGCUGGGCCUGGGAUCAUCGGUAGCUUCAGUUUGUUCUGUUAUGGAGAAGAAUUCGACUCACUUGUUGAAAAUAUACUUAAAUGUGAGGUGAGUAACAAGAAGUUCUACGACCCCGCCAUCAGCAGCUACGAGUUUUGCUUGGGCCUCCACAGCCACGGCAUUGUUCCUGUUCGCGACCAUUUCCAUUGUCAUACUUGCUUGUGGUCGCACAUACGCAAACCUAUGCCAAGGUCAAGGAGCUCAUCUACUAUGAAGAUGAUAAAUUUCUGGUUCUGCCUUCUAUCGCUAACAAAAGGGUAGACAACGUCAAGUCUGGUCGUUACUUGCCGACAAAGACGCUGGCUGACGCAGGAGAGAUCGGAGCUCAAAGUAGAGGCAGGGAACGCAGGCUCUCCGAGACCACGGAUUACAGUGUGGAGGAUGACGACGAAGGUGGUGUUUACGGAUUGUCAGUCGGAAACAUCUUCAAUAUUCUUGUUGUUGAUGGUCGCAUUGAUGUGAACUUGAUCUUUAUUCCUCGACCUCGACAACUUGCUUUUCGUUUUUAGCCUCUGUUAAAUUUCCAAGUAACAAGUCUUCUUAACCUGAAGCUGCCGUCGCGAAACAUUUAAAUAAGUACAUGGAAGCGAAAGGUCACCAGUAUUGAAAAUCUUUGUUCGAACCUCUAAUCUGAACGAGUGACGUCCUCUGUGGGUCUGCGGGUAGCGAACAAGCAAGAGGAGAAGGACAGAGGAAUGCGAGAAACUGGCUCCACAUCUCGUUCUCCUAAUCGUCGAUUCUAUCAGAGCCAGACGUGUCAAAGGAGCUUGGACUUUAGGGAAGGCAAGGUCUGCUGUUUGCCGGGACUCUACACGAUGAAAAACAAUAUCGAGUUUGAAGUGCGAGGUAUGUCCGGCACGGAGGAUCUCUCACUGUAUCUCAACGGGGGCGAGGUGGUUCUGGAAACCAGCAUAAAACUUACACUCGAUUUCACGCGGCUUCGGUACCUACUUAGAACGUACCUUGGCAAGGGAAUUCUGAUACUACAAGUUGAUCAUCUUUCUACAACUACAAGUCAUCAGAUACAACAGGUUUUUCGGCCUGGAGAUAUACAUAGGUAACUUGCUGUUGCUUGUUGAAGUUCAGCUUUUAGCUUUCAUAAACACACAGUCUCAGAGAUUCUUAGACUUAUGGAGGACUCGCACAAUUAUGUUGAAAACACGUAGAUACACACUGACGCCGAUGAGUUACCGACUGCAUAGUUUGGAUUUACUGCUACGAUUCCGGAAUGACGAGCGCGGUGAGGGGAUGCAGCCCUGCGCUGUGGUUUCUUUAUGAGUAGAAACAAGGCGCCCUCUUCUUCAGGUUGAGGCUAAUGGAUAGGUGACCACUGGUGGUGAGGUCAUAAAUUCAGAGCAAGAAAGGAGUCUUCCAAGAUGAGGUGAGAGUGAGUCGUCAACACUAUUACUUUCAAAAAAAGUAUAUGCAUAGAUAGUCUCUGUCUCUCUCAUCCUGAACCUGAACAGUUCUGAAGCCCUCCCCUCCUAGCGCUAAUUCCCAGACGUGUUGGCGUUUUGUGUUGUGGCCAGCAAAAUGUGCUACCCAGCGUGACACACUACGAGCCUCCAGCGGAAUCCGCGGCAGGC